ACGUGGCCCCCCGUGCCCUUAAACCCCAGCGGCACGCUCACAAAGUGCAGCAAAGCCUCCAGCUCAGCAUCAGGAUGGACGCAGCCAACGGGACGGUGAACGGGAACCACGGCGGCCCAGAGCCGGCGACCGCCGAGCCGGGUCAAGGGACCAGGAAGAGACGGGGCUCCAUGUACCUGGAAGAGGAGACCAACAAGUCCGGAGUGAUUUCCUGCAUUUUCUCCUUGAAAGAGGGGGUGGGAGCUUUGGCAAAGGCUCUGCGGCUCUUUGAGGAUAACGGCAUCAACCUGACGCACAUCGAGUCCCGUCCGUCCCGCAUGGACAGAGAGGAGUACGAGUUCUUCAUCAGCGUAGACUCCAGCUGCUCUCAGGCCCUCGAUGACGUCAUCGACGGUCUGCGGAAGGAAAUCAGCGGCGUUGUGCACGGACUGUCGCGCAACAAGCAGAAGGACACAGUUCCAUGGUUUCCUAACGACAUCCAAGACUUGGACCGUUUCGCCAACCAGAUCCUCAGCUACGGCUCGGAGCUGGAUGCAGAUCACCCCGGCUUCACAGAUCAGGUGUACAGAGCUCGCAGGAAGGAGUUUGCCGACAUCGCCUACAACUACAGACACGGCCAACCCAUUCCCAGGGUGGAGUACACCGAGGCGGAAAAAGAAACGUGGGGGAUCGUCUUCAAGGAGCUGAAGACUCUGUACCCGACCCACGCCUGCCGCGAGCACAACCGGGUCUUCCCCCUGCUGGAGAGAUACUGCGGCUACAGGCAGGACAACAUCCCGCAGCUGGAGGACGUGUCUCGCUUCCUGCAGUCGUGCACGGGUUUUCGGCUUCGCCCCGUGGCCGGCCUGCUGUCAUCCCGAGACUUCCUGGCUGGACUGGCCUUCCGCGUCUUCCAUUCCACGCAGUACAUCCGUCACGGCUCCAAGCCCACGUACACCCCCGAGCCGGACGUUUGCCACGAGCUGCUGGGACACGUCCCUCUGUUUGCUGACCAGAGUUUUGCCCAGUUUUCACAGGAAAUCGGUCUGGCCUCUCUUGGUGCCCCUGAUGAGUUCAUAGAGAAACUCGCUACUGUUUACUGGUUCACGGUGGAGUUUGGUCUCUGCAAGCAAGGCUCUGAGAUCAAAGCGUACGGAGCUGGCCUUCUUUCAUCCUUCGGGGAGCUGCAGUACUCCCUGACAGAUGAACCCAAACUGAUGUCUUUUGACCCCGAGAAGACCAGCCUGCAGAAAUACCCCAUCACCGAGUACCAGCCGGUUUACUUCGUGGCAGAAAGCUUCGAAGAUGCCAAGGAGAAAGUGAGGAAAUUCGCAGACACCAUACCCAGGCCCUUCUCGGUGCGCUACAACCCCUACACCCAGAGCAUCGAGGUCCUGAACAACACCCAGCAGCUCAGGAACCUGGCAGACUGCAUCAACUGUGAAGUGGGGAAACUGUGUGAAGCUCUGCGGAAACUGGAGUAAAAGCUCGUCUGACCUGAUGUCUUCUCUCUUCUAACUAAAAACCUUUCUUUGUAUUAAAUAAGUAUGCAUGGCAGAAACAUACUAUAUUGAUAUAGAACAGACCUGCAGGUUAUUUUAGGGAAUUAGAUGCUAGAGUAGAGCGAUAUGUAUGUUACUAUUAGUAGAUAAUUGUAACGGAAUUACCUUUUUUUUCUCUUAAAAACAGCUUUUUUGACAUAAAUUGUAGUUCUUUUUUAGUUUAUUUUGAAUAAAAUGUCUGAUUAGACAUAAUAAUUUGUUAUAUUUAGAUUCAGAACAGCUAAAUGUAGCUCUGUGAAUUUUAUAUUAGCUCGGUUAGAAGUUUUCUUUUUAAUACAUUUUUAGUUCAAAUAAAACUUUGAUUCACUUUUGCUUUUUUAUGUCAUUUUACACGUGAAAAGGAAAAACUGCAUUGAAAUGGAUCCUUCAGCUUUAAUACUGUCCACAUAGUAGGCAAAAUGUUUGCAUCACAGAUCAAUGCCAUUUAUCUGUGAUUCUUCUUUUCACUGGUGAAUUAUUUUACUUUAUGAGAAUUUUUUUCAAUAAACAUAUUCUUGUGUUA